AUGAUGGCAUCCACCGACUCCUUCAUCCUGCACGACGACGUCUCACCUUCCUCCGAUAACGACGAGAUUGACUCCCUGCCUUCAAUAUCGAGCAGCGUGCUAGACUCCGAGGAUGAAUCAGACGCCCAGGAGGAGUGGGAGCGUAGUCUGGAGCAGGUCCAGCUCCUCUUGACCAUGGUCAUUGUUCCCUUUGCCGGCAAAUACUUUGGUCGCAAGUUUGCAUACUGGAGCUGGUCACGAUACAUGGAAUGGAUGCACAACGUCGAGGUGCGGUGGACGAACAAGGGCGCCUUCAAGGCCGCCGGCGCGGCUGAGGCAGCGGCAACAUUAUAA